GGCGCGACGGCGGCGGGAGCUCUGCCCGGCUCCUUGCGGCGCGGAGCUCAUCAAGGCGCGACGGCGGCGCGAGCUCUGCCCGGCUCCUUUCGGCGCGCUCCCCGCGGGGUUGUUUCGGAAAGACAUGACCACACAGUACGGUAUUCUCUUCAAGCAAGAGCAAGCUCACGAUGAUGCCAUUUGGUCAGUUGCCUGGGGCAAAAAUAAAAAUGAUGGUUCUGAAACAGUGAUCUCUGGCUCUUUGGAUGAUCUGGUAAAGGUCUGGAAGUGGAACGAUGAAAAGCUGGAUCUGCAGUGGACUCUGGAGGGUCACCAGCUGGGAGUGGUGUCUGUGGACAUCAGCCACACGGGUGCCAUUGCAGCUUCCAGCUCUCUGGAUGCCCACAUUCGCCUCUGGGACUUAGAGACUGGCAAGCAGAUCAAGUCCAUAGAUGCUGGUCCUGUUGAUGCUUGGUCCCUGGCUUUUUCACCUGAUUCCCAGUACCUUGCAACAGGAAGUCAUGUGGGAAAAGUAAAUAUUUUCGGUGUUGAAACUGGAAAGAAAGAAUAUUCUCUGGACACCAGAGGAAAGUUCAUCCUUAGCAUUGCAUAUAGUCCAGAUGGAAAAUACUUGGCCAGUGGAGCAAUAGAUGGCAUUAUCAAUAUUUUUGAUAUUGCAACUGGAAAACUUCUGCAUACGCUAGAAGGCCACGCCAUGCCCAUCCGCUCGCUCACCUUCUCCCCUGACUCCCAGUUACUCGUCACCGCCUCAGAUGAUGGCUACAUCAAGAUCUACGACGUGCAACAUGCAAACUUGGCUGGUACAUUAAGUGGUCAUGGAUCCUGGGUUUUAAAUGUAGCAUUUUGUCCUGAUGAUACCCAUUUUGUUUCAAGUUCAUCUGAUAAAAGUGUGAAGGUUUGGGAUGCUGGAACGAGGACCUGUGUCCAUACUUUUUUUGACCACCAAGAUCAGGUUUGGGGAGUGAAAUACAAUGGAAGUGGGUCCAAAAUUGUGUCUGUUGGUGAUGACCAAGAAAUUCAUAUUUAUGACUGUCCAGUUUAAAUGUCUUGACUCAGAUGCUUCAGUAAAUCUCUUGUAGCAGUUUGAAGGGACUGCUACUGUCCUAUGUAAUUUUUUAGUAUGAUAAAAGCAUUCAUACUAAUCUGCAAAACCAGAUCUAAUUUUGAUUUUGCUUAGCAUGAGAGAAAGCCUUACUUUUUUAAAAUAAAAGCUACAGUUCCAA